AAAAUAAAUCCAAAUUGCACAAAAACAAAUCUAGGGUUUUGGCAUUUGGUGCUAUUCUGAUUACUUACUGAUAAUAAGGUAACUCAAAAAGAAACAGUCUUUGUUCUUUUUAGAUUAAUAAACAAAAUAAAAACCCAAAUUUCACAUUUCCCUACAGCAAAAGUAUCCAAUUCCUAAACCCAUAUUAACUUAAAUACUAAUAUUCUUCAAUUCUUGCUCUAAAUUUGUCGAAAUUCACAGAGAGAAAAAAAAUGAGCACUUCAGUUUUCAAUUCAGUUUGCUCUAAUAGAGGGUGCUUAUGGAAGGGUGAAGUUCAAUUUUCAAACUUGAGAAAACAAAAUGGGUGCAGACUUUAUUUUGGAAGAUCCAAUUCAUUGUCACAAAAAAGAUUGCAGAUUACAAAUUCUAAGCAAGAAAAGCAAGUUAAUGUUGCUCUUCUUGGUGCCAGUGGCUACACUGGUGCAGAGAUUAUUCGGCUUCUGGCGAACCAUCCAUUUUUUGGAAUUACUGUGAUGACUGCUGAUAGAAAUGCUGGAAAAGCUAUUGAGUCAGUGUUUCCUCAUUUCAUCUCGCAAAAGGAUCUACCAGUUAUGAUCUCUACUAGUGAUGCAAAUUUUUCUGAUGUGGAUGCUGUGUUCUGCUGUUUGCCUCAUGGAACCACGCAGGAAAUUAUUAAAAGCCUCCCUGAAAGGUUAAAAGUUGUCGAUCUUUCUGCAGACUUUCGGCUAAGUAAUUUAUCCGAAUAUGAAGAAUGGUAUGGCCAGCCACACAAAGCACCUGAAUUGCAGGAAGAUGCUGUAUAUGGUUUGACAGAGAUUUUCAGAGAGGAAAUAAAAAAUGCGCGUUUAGUUGCCAAUCCUGGAUGUUAUCCAACAUCAAUUCAACUCCCUCUUGUUCCUUUAAUAAAGGCUAAUCUAAUUGGAUAUAAAAAUAUCAUUAUUGACGCAAAAUCUGGUGUGAGCGGAGCAGGACGUGGUGCUAAGGUGGCAAAUCUAUAUACUGAAUUAACAGAAGGAAUUAUGUCUUAUGGUGUUACAAGGCAUCGACAUGUUCCAGAGAUAGAACAGGGACUAUCUGAGGCUGCAAAUUCAAAAGUAACUGUUAGUUUCACCCCACACUUAAUGCCCAUGAGCCGAGGGAUGCAAUCAACUAUAUAUAUUGAGAUGGCUCCUGGAGUGACAGCUGACGAUUUGUACCAGCAAUUGAAAGUUUCCUAUGAGGGUGAAGAAUUCGUGAAGUUAUUGGAAAAAGGCGUCGUUCCACGCACUCAUGACGUUCGAGGUUCUAAUUAUUGCUACAUGAAUGUCUUUCCUGAUAGAAUUCCUGGGAGAGCAAUAAUUGUAUCAGUGAUUGAUAACCUUAUGAAGGGAGCUUCUGGUCAAGCUCUACAAAACCUCAACAUAAUGAUGGGAUUUCCAGAAAACACAGGGCUUGGCUACCUACCCUUGUUUCCUUGAUACUUUUAAGGUUCUGAAGAGAAAUAAGACAUGUAAUGUAGAUGAUAGAUGAGCUCAGCCAUUGGAGAUUUCAAUGAUCUUUGUGAUGGCUCCAACUUCCCCAUUUUUGUAAUCUUAAAAUAUUUAUUUUCCAUUUUGAGAAACAAAUAGAAAAUAUUAUUUUUAGU